UUCUUGAAGUACGCAUGCGCGGUUCCUAGGGGAAUUUGGAAGAGUUUGGAAAAAUGGCCUCGCGUCCUGUGCGCACGAAGCCGCGAUGGAGGCAAAUUCCGCUCAGGGACAUGACUGGUCCCAACCCAAGGCCAAGGCAUGGACAUAGAGCAGUGGCAAUUCGUGAUUUGAUAAUUAUCUUUGGCGGUGGCAAUGAAGGAAUUGUUGAUGAGCUCCACGUGCUCAAUACUGCUACAAAUCAAUGGUUUACUCCACCAGUACGAGGGGAUAUCCCCAGUGGCUGUGCAGCAUUUGGAUUCAUUUGUGAUGGUGUUCGUCUAUUGAUAUUCGGAGGCAUGGUGGAGUACGGACGAUACACGAAUGAUUUGUAUGAAUUGCUUGCCAGCCGUUGGGAAUGGCGGCGUCUCACUCCGUUGGGGGAACCCCCAUGUCCCAGGUUAGGUCAUAGUUUCAACUUGGUCGGAGAACGAGCUUACAUUUUUGCUGGUCUGGCAAACGAUGCACAGGAGAUGAAGAGGAAUGUUCCACGCUAUCUGAACGAUCUGUUCACACUGGACGUGAAGGAAGGCACCACACUGCACUGGGGUGUACCCACUACGAGCGGGCCGCUGCCGCACGAACGCGAAUCGCACUCGUGCGUGUCGAUAAGCAGCAGCGACUCGCACGGUGGCGAGGGUGGAAAACUGCUCGUGUUUGGCGGAAUGUGCGGUCACCGUAUGAACGAUCUAUGGAUGCUGGACAUAAAAUAUAUGACGUGGUAUGAGGUGUCGGCGGGUAGCGGCUUACCUCCCUCACCGCGCAGCUUACACACAGCAGUACUGAUCAAGGAUAAAAUGUAUGUUUACGGAGGCUGGGUACCUCUGGAUCCGGAUGAUAAGUAUGGAACAAUGAGUCUAGCGCAGGCGGGUGCUACUAAAUUAUUAAACCGCUCAAGCACUGCAACCACCGACGCCAGAGCACCAUCGGGCGGCGAGAGCUUGCCGAACAAUGAAGACCUCGCGGAGCACGAGCGCGAGUGGAAGUGCACGAACAGUUUGGUUAGAUACAAUCUGGGCACACGCGCCUGGGAGUCGCUCUGCGUGGCGGAGUCUGUCAAGGAGGACCUGUGUCCUCGCUCUCGCGCCGGCCACUGUGCAGCGGGCGUGGACACUCGUAUGUACAUCUGGUCUGGCCGCGACGGCCAUCGCAAGCUGUCGCAGAACCAGCAGUGCUGCCGCGACCUAUGGUAUCUGGAGACGGAGCGCCCGCCAGCACCACCUCGUGUUCAGCUGGUCAGGGCUUCGACCAAUACGCUGGAGGUGUGCUGGUCGGGAACGCCAACGGCCGAGAAUUACAUCCUGCAGGUACAGAAGUAUGACGCCCCCAGUAAAUCUGCAGCAGCCAGUGGUGCCGCUACUGGGCCUGCUUCCUCGGGACAGACAAGUAGCGGUGCUACAGCUGUCACUGCCAAUGAGACCUCGUCAGAAGCUGCUAGCAGCGCAGGCCUGCACUGGUACAACGUUGGCCGAUGCAAGCAGACGACCAUGGUUGUGACGCACUAUGCGAACACCGAGUCUGACGACUUGCCCAGUGAUGCCAACGUGCUCGGUGAAACCGAUCCCACAAUGAACAAUCCAGCGAAUCGUGUCGAGCUGCAGCCGGGCACAGCAUAUAAAUUCCGCGUGGCGGCCAUCAACGCAUGCGGAGUGGGAGAGUUUUCGGACAUCGCUGCAUUCAAGACUUGCUUGCCUGGUUUCCCGGGUGCGCCGAGUGCAAUUCGUAUAAGCAAGGGUAGUGACGGGGCGCAUCUGAGCUGGGAGCCUCCGGCUAACUCCGCCGGUACAAUCACCGAGUACUCUGUGUAUCUGGCGAUCCGCAGUCCGAGCCAGGCGGCGGCAGCUGCCAGCGCCACGCAGGCCGUGCAGCUGGCGUUUGUGCGUGUCUACUGCGGCGCUGAGCCACUGUGUACCGUCUCCUCAACAAGCUUGUCCUCUGCGCACGUGGAUGUCACGACAAAGCCGGCUAUCAUCUUCCGCAUUGCGGCGCGCAAUGAGAAGGGCUACGGUCCGGCUACCCAGGUCAGAUGGUUACAGGAAGUCAAAUCCGAGGCAACCGCCCCUACCAGUCAGAAACGUCCUGUAGAUGCAGCUGCAGGUGCGGGCGGUGAGGCGAAGAAGUCCAAACUCGAGUAAGUAGUGUGUGGUGUGGACGACCUGGACAACACACUAACCCAUGUCUUGCUCUCCUCCGGACUGAACUGUAGCCUUUCCAGUUGUGUGUUGCUGCUGCUGUUGUUGCUACCCGUGCUAGUGUUUGGCCUCUGUGCGUGCUUGCCACCCCUACUGCUUGUUAGUGUGUGUGUGUGUGUGUGUACGUGUGAACAUGUGAACAUGUGUGUGUGUGUGUGUUUGUACGGUGCCAUCUUGGCUUAGGUAUCUUGCUGCUGCCGCCGCUCGCUACUUUCUAUUACGUUUACUCUCCCCUAGUAGAUAUUUGUACAUUUUUUUAUCCCCGUCGUUGUCCGCUUCUCCAGUGCUAUGCGAUACCGUGUACGGUUGCCGUGGCGAUUCCAUGUAAGGAUAGGACUUAGUUGGGGCGGCCGCAUUGAUGCUGUGCCUGCUCACCCCGGGAUGGACCGAUGCUUUGUCCGGACGAGCUCGUCAAGACCACAUUGCUUGUUUAUUGUGUAUAUAGCUGGCUUAUAUAUGCUCUCCUUUGGUGCCUCACACCGCCCGUUCUUGUACAUGCUGGCUUUUCUGUAAUUAUGUUCUGUGUGCGUGCGUGUGUGUGUGUGUGUGCGUGCUCGCUGCCCAAGCUGCCAGGCUUUUUGUUUUUGUUUUUAGCUGUACGAAGUCUUUGUGUGAUUGCUGCCCUUUGUUUUGGACGGACUAUACUCUUUAUACAUAGUCUGUAGGUAGUAGUAGUAGUAUCGGCAUCGCGGUAGUAUGCAGACAUACUGGUACAGAAGCGAUACUGGUGUACACGUAGUGCUUUUGUUCUUGUUUUCCAUCUGCUCUUCUGCUUGUCUUGUUUCAUUGUCUAGCUGUAGCUGAUCUUGAAUUAUCGGCGUCAAACCUUUUUUUUACUGUUACUUGAACAACGUGUUUUUGGUUAAAAAUUUGAAGUGUGUUUUUGCAACGA